UGCAGCCGCUGACAGGACUGAGAACUUCUUGCGGAGGUAAUUUAUUGAGAAAGUUGGAUUACGCGGAGCCACUUGAGGGAGUAUGCUGCUCAGAUGAUGAGCAGCAGUGAAGAACGUAUUUGUGAAUUCAGCGGAAGCCCGUGCUGUCAACGGCUGUGUGGCGAGUGUAGAUAAGCACCCUUAUGAGGUGAAAACCCUUCCCUGCCCUGCAGUAUCCCCUCCCAGCACCAACAGCAGGACUAAGGGAUGUCACGGCUGUUCCUCUUUCUGGCAAUGCUUAUUGUCUCCUGCAGCAUCCAGGUGUCUCCUACUGCUACCCUGGAUAAGCUGAAGGAAAGUUGGAAGCUGUACAUGGAAGAGUGUGAACGCAACAACAGCAGGGAUCCACCAAACACCGGCCUUGUCUGCAACAGGACUUUUGACAAUUAUGCCUGCUGGCCUGACGGGCUUCCCAACAGCACUGUCAGUGUGGCGUGCCCAUGGUAUUUGCCAUGGCACCAUGAAGUUCAGCAUGGCAUGGUGUAUCAGGAGUGUGAUGCAAACGGCCAGUGGAUGACUGUGAAGAACACCAGCGAGUGUGAUUCUCAUGAUCUAGGUCAGCAGUAUUAUGGCCAUAUCCGGAUCAUGUACACGGUGGGCUAUUCUUUAUCCUUGGUGGCUUUGGUCUUGGCUCUUGGCAUCCUCAUAUUUUUCAGGAAACUGCACUGCAUGAGGAACAACAUCCACAUGAAUCUGUUUGCCUCCUUCAUCCUGCGAGCACUGUCCAUUCUCAUCAAAGACGCUCUUAUGGAGGCCAACCACACAUCACAAGACCUCAGCAGCGACCAGGACCAGGGAUUCCCUCGUGCCUCUAUUCCUCCUGUGGAGCUGCUGGUCAACAAUGAGACAACAGUCGGCUGCCGCGUUGCCGUGGUGAUGAUGCAGUACAGCAUCAUGGCCAACAGCUACUGGCUGCUGGUGGAAGGCAUAUACCUCCACAACCUCCUGGUUAUCACCGUGUUUACAGAGAGGAACUACUUCAACAUCUACCUGUGCAUUGGUUGGGGUGCCCCUUUAAUAUUCCUGGUGCCAUGGGUGAUAGCUAAAUACCUGUAUGAAAAUCAAGAGUGCUGGGGGCAAAAUAUCAACAUGAAUUACUGGUGGAUAAUCCGUUCCCCAAUACUGCUAGCUGUUGUGAUCAACUUUCUUAUCUUUAUCCAUAUCAUCAAAAUUCUUGUGUCAAAACUUCGAGCGCACCAAAUGAGAUACACAGACUACAAGUUCAGGUUGGCGAAGUCAACUCUGACCCUGAUCCCACUGCUGGGUAUCCAUCAGGUGGUCUUUAUCUUUGUGACAGACGAGUCCACCAAGGCCACCAUUGGUUUGCGUCUUACCAAGCUCUUCAUCGAUCUCUUCUUCUCCUCCUUCCAGGGUCUGCUGGUGGCCAUCUUGUACUGCUUUGUCAACAAAGAAGUGCAGUCUGAGAUCAUGAAGAAGUGGAAGCGUUGGAAGCUGGGGAGGAACAUCGAGGAGGAGUAUCGUCACACCUACAGCAAUACCCCCAACACAAAGACAGCGAGCUUGUCGAACCACGUCUCUCGACUGCCUCACCUUCCGGACAUCGCCAAAACCUCUGCCCCAGUCUGUAGCCCCGAAGAGAGGCAAAUGCUUGUGGCCGACUGCCAUAACGGCGUGGUGCACAGUAAAGGGGCAGGCAAGCGCGCCUCCCCACUGCACAAGGGAACCAUCAGCAACUGCACUCUGGUGGGGGAUAUCAGCAGCACGGACAAGAUGCAGUGUUACGAGGCACAGAGAGAGAACAUGGAGAGCCACCUGUGACAGGCUCCAGCAUGACAAAGAAAGUUGGAUGGCUUUGCGUUCUCGUCUGGCUCUGACAGACUGCCCCUGCUGGCUGAGGCGCUGCGCUGAUAGAGUCACUUGUCUGAGCAGUCCUCGGAGAUUAGCCUCACUGGGAGACAGAGCAGCACUCAGCUCUCGCCACAGCUUGAGGAAGGAGAACAAUAUGGCAGACAUUUGCACCGAGGUGUCUAAUGUGCUGUGAGUCUCGUGAAUGGGUUUCUCUCGAUAUUUGUCAGACAGUAUAAUAAGCUGUUGCAUGUCAGACAAUUCAGAAAUGGCGUCUCAAGGCAGAAAAGCCAUGUAAGAUAAUCCAAAAAAAAAAAAAAAACCUGAAACCUCAAACAAAAAACAGCAACAACAACAGGAUGCAGGGUCCUUGCUUGAACCUCUGUUUUAAUUUGUGCUGUCUGUCAAAGAUGUGUUUUUGUGGUACUGGAGGUUAAAUGCAAACUGGACAUUGAACUGUGUACACAAAAGAGACCAAACAAAUGAAACAAAACAGGGAGGCAGAGGGGAGUGCUUUUUUUUAUAUGCUUUGCUCUUAUAACUGUAAAUUGUUUUUAGUCUUUUGUUGAACAUGUAAAAAGAAAAUGAAGAAACUUUCUGUUGCUUGUACCUCACACAGACCACAGUGUUGUUCAAGCGGCCCCGUCCAGGGCUCAUGGGAAAUUGGCAGCUGCUCUCCCCCAGGUCCUUCCUGGCUCACAUACAGAUGAUAAAAGAGGUCAAGUGAUGGUAUGGGACAAACUAUAAAUAAGCUAAAAUGAUCAUCGGUUAACUUUCUUAUGUGUUUUCAAUAAAAAUACAUCUUUUUUUUUUUUUUUAAUAUAUAUUUGGGUCAAACCUUUAACACUACUGAGUUCAGUUGUAACCGUUUAAGUGUGCCAGGUGUGUUUUCAAGGGUCAUAGAUGAAUUUCUGGGCCACUAAAUGUGUUGCCUUUACCCCCCCCCCCCCCCCUUGCCAUUAAGAUGUUGCUUAUGACACCCUGUACACAACUUGUACACCCACUCAGUCCCGAAAGCUCAUAGGAAAAACAGUGCACUUAAACCUAGGAUAAAAAUAUACAAAAUGCAGACACGACCUGCAAAGCCACACAUGCAUAAAGUAUGAAGUCAGCGUCAUCACUCACAAUGACACGUCACCUCCGGCACAAGGGUGUUUCUGGAAUGUUACAUGGAAGCAGUCAUGCAUGGAAAUUGCACAGAUGUGGUGGACUUAUUGUUUGAACCACUUGGCAAGGAUGUGUGCCGCACAGUGCCGUCACUUCAAUGUAUAAAAAAAGAAAGAAAAAAAAAAGUCCCACUGUGCUAAUGACUGCAUGUUUAAUGGCGGUGUUUAAUAUGCAAAUUUACCUUGAGUCUACAGUGGCUGUGGACACUUUGAACAAAACUCUGUACUCUAAAAGCAGAACAAAAUUUCUCUCAUAAGCUUUCCAAUGACAAACAAAACUAAACCGUCAGUGGUGCAUUUGCUUAUGAAUACAUUAAGUUGCUAAAACAUUUUCCCAAAACUACCUAAACUUGACUUUGUAUGUAUGACUAUUUGCACAAUGUGAAUUUAUAAUUGGUAAAAACUGUGUGUGUGUGUGUGUAUAUAUGUGUUUCUAGAAGUGAUUUUAUUUGAUUGCUGUCAAUAUAUUUCAUGCAUGUCUGUGAGGGGGCGUGUGUAUGUACAAGUAUAUUUUCAGGGUAUGAAUGUGUGUAGUUUCAGAUUUGUGGACGUGUUGCAGUAGGAUGAAUUUUUUGGCUGUAGCCGGAGGAGCGAUGGGUUGAUAUAAACCAGCGCAACUGGCUUCACACAGAGGUCAGAGGUCAUUAUGAGCCAGUCCCAGUCUAGCGUAUACAGUUUUUCACCACAGGACAUUCCCAGAUGUCUAUACAUGGCAUAAGGAAGACACAGCUUUUUGCUUUAUCUUCAGUGUGAUUCCUCAAUGUCAUUUUGUAGCUCAGAGCAAAUUAGAGCACAGCAGUGAAAUGAUUGUCAUUGAGGUAAUAGCUCUGUACAAUUGCACAUCCCCCAGUUGCAGCUGUUCAGUCAAUGAGGAAAAAAAAAUUGCAGGCCAAGACUGUUUUUCAUCAACAUCUGCUGAGGACUGUAAUGGAACUGGUAAAUAUCCAAUACUUUGAUCUAAGCUGGGACACACUCGUGCUGCUGCACCCCAGAAGUGACUUUGCAGUGUUUUGUCUUUAUUAGCAGAGAGUGAUAACUCACACAGUGAUAGAGAAAUGUUGUACACAUCCAGUAAACUGAUGAUUCAGGAGAGGAAAGUAUAUUGCUAAUUUUAUUUCAAACUUAUGCCUGUAUUUUAAACUGUGAGAAUAACCAUGUAUGUAUUUGAAGCCAGCAGCUUGGGUCACUCCCAUUCCUGGACCAAAGUGGUUCUGCCUGAAUGUAUUCUUUGAAAGGCCUAAAUCAGUAUGUUCCUUUAUAUUUUCUCUUAAAGGUGGUUAUAUAGAGUAUAUGUGGUGUAAAGAACCAAUCAGUAAAAGCUGACUGUAUUCAGGUGUAUACAGUUGAUCAUAUAUUGUGUUGGCUUUGUGCAAAUGGUGAAAGAAUAAAUUCAAUAUAUGUGAAAGAUCAUUUUAA